UGCUCUGGAGCAGAGAGAUGUGAAUAAUGAGUGUCAUGUGAAAGCAAAAAGUACUCUGAGACCUUAAAGAAGCAUUUGAACAACAUGUCUUCUACUUCCUCCUUGCCUGACCUUGAGGUUGAGGAAAGGUCAACGACAGAGUCGCCCACUGAUACCAGUGACGAGCAUAUGCAGCAUGAAAAGUUUGACCCCUGUCAGCUGCUGGAGAGGUCACAGUCCGACGCAUCACUGACCAAGACAAAGUCUCAAACAUCAAAACGCAUGAUGUCGUUCACAAAGACACAGAAAACUUCAAAUUCAACAGAACAACUGGAAAAACUAGAGAAAACAAAUAAAGUAUCAGAAAGUUCAAGGGUAUAUUUUGAUCUCUCGCAAAUAGACACCAUGAUUGAAAACGAAACUGCUUCUGCAUCAUUUGCUCAUACAGAUUCAAGGUCAAAGUUGUUUAUGGGUCAGUCACUAGAAACAAUACCACAAGGAGAGGAACUGUCCCUAAGUCACUCCACAUCUCAUUGUGUGUAUUCUGCCUCCAAUGAAACGGAGUCGGAAGCAAGUGAGUUGGACAGUGAAGAUUACGAAGACUUGUGUAGUUUUUACAGAAAAUAUCCCAUAGUGAUUCCAUCGGUGCUGUCAUCGGACUCUCAUCUCUCUUACCACUACAAAAAUAACCUCAAGUUGACUUACCAACAGUUUGGACAACGUCUGGAGACUCACAUCACUCCUCUUAAGAGUGCCAGUGCUGGCGAGGAGAUUCUACAUCUGGAGAAAAUUCUGAGUAUUAUAAAGGAAGCCUGGAGCGUAGCCGUGUACGGCCGUGACCUUGCUUAUGGACUGUGUGAUGUAUUGCGCCUCGAAGGCGUUUUAGAUCUGAUCAUCAAAAAUUGUGGGUCAGCAAACCACGACCUGAUGGUGGCAUCUGCAGCAUUACUAGAACAAUCCCUGUCCACAAAGAACAGGGAGCGUGUUGUGAAAAGUGGGCUGGAAACUGUAGUAGGUAUGACAUACAGAGAAAUUGGCAAUACAGACAUGGCAUUCAUAAGUACUGGAAUAUUAGAAGGUCUUUUUAAAGUGUCUGAAGAAGCUUCAACAAAAAUUGUGAAUCUUGGUGGAUUAGAUGUGAUUCUGCACUGGUGUCGAAGCUGCACCAUAGAUAUUCUCCGUCAUUGUGCCAAAGCCAUUUCUAACUUGUCAUUGUUUGGAGGGGUGGAGAACCAGGAAGAAAUGGCACGACGGAAUGUGCCUGAGUGGCUCUUUCCCCUGGCUUUUAAUGAAGAUAACAAUGUGAGGUACUAUGCCUGUCUCGCCAUUGUGGUGCUGGUGGCUAACAAAGAACUUGAAGCCGCUGUUAUUAAGUCUGGCACACUCGAGCUAGUCAUGCCUUUUAUAAGCAGUAACAAGCCAGCUGACUUUGCCAAGAGCGAUUUUUCACAUCAACAGGGGCGCGACAAUAUGUGGCUUGAGCGGCUUGUUCCCAUCUUGUCCAGUCAUCGUGAGGAACCGCAGGCCUUGGCAGCCUUCCAUUUUGCUAUGGAGGCUGGCAUCAAGGCAGAGCAAGGCAGACUAGGGGUGUUCUAUGAUAUUGAUGCUAUAGAACCAUUGAAGAAAGUUGCCAGCAGUCCUAACGCCAAAGCUUCACGCUUAGCUCUGAUCCACAGUUUGAUUACUGAACUGAACAACGUCUGUCACAUCAGCAAUGGUAUCCAUAGACGACUUAUUCUGGAACACGCUGAAGAUCUCUACAGCUGUCAGAUCCAACUGCCAAAGUAUGGAAGUAUAGGAAGUCUGAACCGCCAGAAAAGCGUUGAUGUUACCAGUCUGAUGGCUUACCCAAAGGCUGUUGAUGUCUUCAUCAGCUACCGACGCUCCAACGGUUCCCAGCUGGCCAGUUUACUGAAGGUUCACCUACAGUUGCGGGGUUUCACAGUGUUUAUAGACAUAGAACGACUUCGUGCAGGGAAAUUUGAUGAGAACUUGUUGAUGAAUAUAAAACUAGCUCGCCAUUUCCUGUUAGUUCUAACACCAGAUGCACUAGAUCGCUGUAAAGGGGACACGGAGCAGCAGGACUGGAUACACAAGGAGAUUGUAACAGCACUCGAGAGUGAUUGCAAUAUAAUACCUGUACUUGAUAACUUUGAGUGGCCCGUUCCAGAGGAACUUCCUGCGGACAUGCAACAGGUUGUCUACUUCAAUGGUGUCAGGUGGGUUCAUGACUACCAGGAUGCAUGUGUGGACAAGGUUGAAAAGUUCCUUUCAGGGGAGAUCACUCCGCUAGGUCCAAAGCUGACAUCACCAGAAAAAUCCUUUCAAAGUCCAAGGGAGAAGUCGUUUCUCAAUCCUGCUGAAAAAUCCUUUCAAAGUCCAAGGGAGAAGUCGUUUCUUAGUCCUGCUGAAAAAUCCUUUCAAAGUCCAGGGGAGAAAUUGCAAAUUCCAAAGGAAGUGAAAAAAAAUGAUGAUGAAGCAGAAAAAUUACUUCAAAUGAAAAACAAUAACAACAUGGCUGACGUGAUUCCUUCAUCACAAGACUGUUACAACUAAUUACCCAGGCAUAACAACAGAUAGAACUCGUCCUUAAUACCAACCCAACUGAUUUGUUUCACUGAAAGGGAUUCAAUGAUUUAAUUCCUCAGGUUUCCAUGAUCUAAAACCUUUGUUUUUGAGUGAUCAUUGUUCAACAAAAUACAAAUUAUUUCUGAAGUACAUGUGAUUUUUAGGGACAGAAACUGAACAAUAGAAACAGUUACAAGUUUACUUACCUAGAUAUACCAGGGGGACUGAUAUUCUACAGAUCACACAGGUAUUACUGAUCUAUUCCAGGGACUGAUAUUCUACAGAUCACACAGGUAUUACUGAUAUAUACCAGGGGGACUGAUAUUCUACAGAUCACACAGGUAUUACAGAUAUAUACCAGGGGGACUGAUAUUCUACAGAUCACACAGGUAUUACAGAUGUAUACCAGGGGGACUGAUAUUCUACAGAUCACACAGGUAUUACAGAUGUAUACCAGGGGGACUGAUAUUCUACAGAUCACACAGGUAUUACAGAUGUAUACCAGGGGGACUGAUAUUCUACAGAUCACACAGGUAUUACAGAUGUAUACCAGGGGGACUGAUAUUCUACAGAUCACACAGGUAUUACAGAUGUAUACCAGGGGGACUGAUAUUCUACAGAUCACACAGGUAUUACAGAUGUAUACCAGGGGGACUGAUAUUCUACAGAUCACACAGGUAUUACAGAUGUAUACCAGGGGGACUGAUAUUCUACAGAUCACACAGGUAUUACAGAUGUAUACCAGGGGGACUGAUAUUCUACAGAUCACACAGGUAUUACAGAUGUAUACCAGGGGGACUGAUAUUCUACAGAUCACACAGGUAUUACAGAUAUAUACCAGGGGGACUGAUAUUCUACAGAUCACACAGGUAUUACAGAUAUAUACCAGGGGGACUGAUAUUCUACAGAUCACACAGGUAUUACAGAUAUAUACCAGGGGGACUGAUAUAUACCAGGGGGACCGAUAUUCUACAUAUGACACUGGUAUUACUGUAUGAUAAUUGAUUUUCAUGGAAGAUUUGCCUUUCUUGAAUUCAUGAAUACUUAAAAUCCACAAAUAUUUAUGUCUACACAAUGAUAAUAGUAGAAAUGUACGAGAGAAUAUUGUGUUCAAGAUUCAUUCACAAAGUCAAGUGCCAUGCAAAUGUUUUUUUAACAUGAGUCCUAGGAAAAUAUUUGCUUUUAGGCAAAAAGAAACAAAUUGAAAAAAAGAAAUUUUUAUUAGAAACAAAACUUAGAUAAAUAAAAGCUAUCAAAAUAUCAGAAAGGACAGAUGUAUGCAAAAAAGGGAUAAAAUCACCAUAUACAUAGGGUUCUAACCUAUAUAGUAAUUUACUAUAUAUAACUUAGUUUUUGUCUACAUAGUUAAUAUGUUACAGAAAAUCUAUUUAUACCUCGGUAGGAAAAUCUAUUCUCUCUAAAUAUGGUAAUGAAAGGUAUAGACGACAUGUCAUUCUGGUGGAGUGGUAUUGUAAAAUAGUGACAGAAUACAUCAUUCUAGGUAGUUAUACCAAAGUUGUUUAAUAUGAUGACCUCCACGAGUAUCUAGGCCCUCAAAAUAAACCAAAAUCACACUGGAGUCUCAUCUUACUGCAACAGAUCUCUCUUGUUUUUCAAAUUCUAAGCAUGAGCAUCAAUGAUGCUGACAAUCUCCCAAAAACUGUUGAUAUGAACCCGUAUGGAAUCAGUGAAUUUUUAAGAUUUUCUGAAGAAAUUGAUUGUGUAGUGUUGCACAUUUCAGAAUUAGCAAUACUUCACAGAGUCCAACUUUUCAUAAACCUGUAAGAUUAUUCUAACACUUUUUAUCAGAGCUGACCAAUGAAUUCCUAUUUAACCAUGAGAAAUGCAGCACUGAAAAUUUAACUCACAAAAUAUGAUUCUUAAAUAAAUUGAUACCAAUUUUUUUAUCUGAUUAUGAAGGAAUUUUCCCAAUUUUGGUAUACAUAAGUGAUAUGUUUACAUCCUCUCGUGAAAACUCUUGAAUUCACCCUAUGUCUGAGUCAGUUGUCCUGCAGCACUAAUAGGCUUUGUUUAUAUCUAUGUAUGAACUAUUUCAUUGUAAAUAGAAAACAUGAUAAAUCUUUAAUGAUAAAUGGCAUUGUAUGAAAUAUAAUUAUUUCUUAUCAUUAGUCUUGUGAUUAAGCACUUCUUGCCCAAAUUUAUCUUGAAUUGAUUAUGUUUUGAUUAUAAUUGUUUUAUAUGUUGAUGGUAGCAGAUUGUAGACAGGAAAACCACACAGGACAAAGAGGACUUUUGUCUGAUGUCUCAUUAUCAUGAAUGAUAUGCUUUGAAUUUUGGCUUCUGUAACAUCAAUUCUUAAUGAAGGUUUUUUUUUUAAUCCUGUGUAUUUGUUCCUCCUGUUUCACUAAUUCAGAACAGUUUCUAUAGUUCCUGUAUGGCUUCUAUAAAUCAGAACAAUUUCUUUAGUUCCUGUAUGGUUACUCUAGUUCCUGUAUCGUUACUCUAGUUCCUGUGUGGUUUCUUUAAUUUUAAACAAUUUCUCUAGUUCCUGUAUGGUUACUCUAGUUCCUGUAUGGUUACUCUAGUUCCUGUAUGUGUUACUCUACUUCCUGUAUGGUUUCUAUAAUUUAGAACAGUUUCUCUAGUUCCUGUGUGGUUUCUAUAAUUAAGAACAGUUUCUCUAGUUCCUGUGUGGUUUCUAUAAUUUAGAACAAUUUCUCUAGUUCCUGUGUGGUUUCUAUAAUUUAGAACAGUUUCUCUAGU